ACUCCGAGAUAUCAUAACCUCGAUUCCGGUGACGAGAUUUAUUGUCUGAGGUUUCAGAGAAUUCAUUGAGAAUUUGAAAAUAGUUGUGCAUCAAUCCUGUGGAAAGAUGCCGGAGAGCACGAAGGCAGAGGCUAAGACCUCUAAGGAUGUUAAAAGUAAUAAGGAUGAAGAGAAAAAUGACAUGUCGGAAGAGGAUAAACUCCUCCAGGAAGAGCUCGACACAUUCGUAGAGCGUCUCCAGGAUCCCGACAAGAAGCAGCACUACCCAGCGCUGGAUGCUCUACGCACAAAAAUUCGUGAAUCAACGACGUCGAUGACGAGUGUCCCAAAGCCCUUGAAAUUCAUGCGUCCUCACUACGACACAAUGAAGUCAAUCUACGACAAGUUGAAUGACAAAAAAUCCCAAGAGCUGUGUGCAGACAUAAUCUCGGUGCUGGCGAUGACGAUGGGUGAGGGCAGAGAGUGCUUGAAAUAUCGUCUAACAGGUUCUGCUUCAGAACUUGGUGAAUGGGGCCAUGAAUACGUGCGCCAUUUAUCCGGAGAACUGGCAGCCGAGUGGGACGAGGUAAGUGGAGGUGAUGAUUCAGAGAACAACACCGAGAAACUCAUAACUCUCGUCCAAGAGAUCGUCCCCUACAACAUGAAACACAACGCCGAGACUGAAGCCUGCGAUCUCCUGAUGGAGAUUGAAAGACUGGAUCUCCUGGAUCAAUACGUCGACGAGAGUGCGUAUCAGAGGGUCUGUCUGUACCUGACGAGCUGCGUUCCCUAUGUGGCUGAUCCUGAGAACAGCACCCUUCUGAGAGCUGCCUGGAAGCUCUACAGAAAAUUCAGACAGUAUCCCCAGGCCUUGCGCCUAGCCAUGCAGCUCAACGAUUUGAAUCUCGUUAGCUACAUCUUUCUCAGCUGCACAGAUCUCUCGAUGCAGAAGCAAUUGGCCUUCAUGCUGGGUCGUCAACAGAUAUUCCUGGAGCUACCAGAGUCCACUGCUGAGUACGAUGACCUGGUAGAGAUCAUGUCGAACUCCCACUUGAACAAUCAUUUUCUUAAUCUCGCUCGAGAGCUCGACAUCAUGGAGCCCAAGACACCAGAGGACGUCUACAAAUCUCAUCUGGAGAACUCUCGUCCACCCUUUGGUGGAGGACAGGUGGACUCUGCACGUCAGAAUCUUGCGGCAUCAUUUGUCAAUGGUUUUGUAAAUGCUGCCUUUGGUCAUGAUAAAUUGCUCAUCGAGGAUGGAAACAAGUGGCUGUACAAGAACAAGGAGCAUGGCAUGCUCUCAGCCACUGCAUCACUGGGUCUAGUUCUUCUGUGGGACGUUGAUGGAGGUCUCACACCUAUCGACAAGUACCUCUACUCAUCUGAAGACUACAUCAAAUCAGGGGCACUGUUGGCAUGUGGAAUCGUCAAUUGUGGAGUGAGAAAUGAGUGUGAUCCUGCACUUGCUCUUCUCUCAGAUUACGUUCUUCAUAAUAGUAAUACUAUGAGAAUUGGGGCUAUCGUUGGAUUAGGACUGGCCUACGCUGGAUCCAACCGUGAGGCAGUCCUGACGCUUCUAGCUCCAGUCCUAACUGAUCCCAAAUCCAACUGGGAGGUCAUCGGAGUGGCUGGUUUAGCCCUGGGAAUGGUGGCAGUUGGUUCCUGCAAUGAAUUCGUCACCACCAGCAUCAUGCACUGCCUCAUGGAGAAGUCAGAGACUGAGUUGAAGGACACUUAUGCUCGUUUCCUGCCACUGGGCCUAGCUCUGUGCUUCCUGGGGAAACAAGAAGCUGCUGAGGCUAUUAUUGCAGCUCUAGAGGUCGUCCCCGAGCCCUUCAGGUCCAUGUCGACGACUCUGGUAGAGGUAUGCGCUUACGCUGGCACUGGAAAUGUCCUCAAGAUUCAACAUCUUCUGCACAUCUGCUCAGAGCACUACGAGCCAACAUCUGAUAAAGACGAGAAGUCUGAUCGCCAGAAGGAUUCCAAGGAGAAGAAAGAUGAUAAGGAGAAGGAGAAGGAGAAAGAAAAGGAUAAGGACAAGAAGGAUUCCAAGGAGAAGGAUGAUAAGGACAAGCAGAAGGAGAAGGAUCUGAGCUCGAAACAGGCAAUUGCUGUUCUGGGGAUAGCUCUUAUUUCCAUGGGAGAGGAGAUUGGUGCUGAGAUGGCUUAUAGAACCUUUGGACAUCUUCUGAGAUACUGCGAGCCGGUUAUCAGGCGAUCUGUACCUCUGGCUCUUGGACUCAUCUCAGUAUCUAAUCCUAAACCCAAUAUUGUCGAUACUCUAUCGAAAUUCUCACAUGACAGUGAUCCUGAAGUAGCACACAAUGCCAUUUUUGCAAUGGGAUUGGUGGGUGCUGGGACCAAUAAUGCAAGACUCGCUGCUAUGUUGAGGCAAUUGGCUCAGUUCCAUGCCAAAGAUCCGAAUAAUCUGUUCAUGGUGAGGAUUGCUCAGGGAUUGACUCAUCUCGGUAAAGGGACUCUCACACUCUCACCUUAUCACAGCGAUCGACAACUUCUGAGUCCCGUUGCACUUGCUGGACUUCUUGCCACUUUGAUUGGAUUUCUCGAUGUGAAGAAUAUUAUUCUGGGGAGAUCGCACUAUCUUUUGUAUACUCUGGCUUCUGCCAUGCAGCCCAGGAUGCUUGUCACUUUUGAUGAAGAACUUAAUCCUCUUCCUGUACCGGUUAGGGUUGGUAUUGCUGUUGAUGUUGUUGGGCAGGCGGGCAAGCCCAAAACCAUCACUGGAUUUCAAACACACACAACACCUGUUUUACUUGCUUAUGGGGAAAGGGCUGAACUCGCCACUGAGGAGUACAUACCACUCACCCCCAUCAUGGAAGGCUUUGUCAUUCUGAGGAAAAAUCCUGAAUUCGUUCCCUAGACUUAGCAUUCAGUGAUAACACCCAUUUACUUUAUACUUCAUUUUUAAAUAAAAUAAAUUAAUUUUUUUUCUUUUGAACUAAAUCGCAUUGUGUAAUAUUUUCACGCCUCAGCGCAAUUUUCCUGGGCUCUCAGGAAAUUCUUCAGUAUAAUGUUUAUACCAUGUUUUUUUGUGAUGAGAUAUGAGGGAGAUAUAAUAAAACAAGUUUCAGUA